GGACGUCAAGGGCCUGUCCGGCAUACUCGUUCAGCUGCGCGUGCACGGCACGGAUAGGUGCCUUUGUGUCACCAGCAAGGGCUGGGUGGCCACUGGCGACAGAAGCCUGGCGACCGUGCUGCAGCUGCAGCACGUGCUCGUGAAGGGGGAGCGCGUGCCCGAUACCUACACGCUCCGGGUCAGGGACUCCCGUUCGGAGCUGGACCAGGGCUGGCUGUCCGCCCAGCCAGUUAACCAGCUGCGCCUCGGGGGCUGGCUGAGCGUCGUGACCGACGUGCACAGGGCGUGCCCCUACAAGGUGAUCAGGGAUUCGGCGUGCCCACCUGGCACGUGCAAACUCCUGACCGCGUGGAUGGAGGCGCCGCCGGUCGGGCAGCACUACUGCACAGGAUUUUACCUGGCAGAGCAGCUGUUCUUCGGCCGAUCGUACAUCGGACACGGCCCAGACAGAGAUGCGGCCAUCUUGGAGCUAGUUGCCAUGUAGAGCGCCGGGAGCCCCGGCGUGCCGCUCGCGAGGCGGAGCUGGCUGCAGCACGACCUGCGGCUCGCAGCUCCUCCUGAGCCGAGCCCCCCCCCCUCUUGUUCUCCUCCGCCCCUCCUGCUCUCCAUCGGGGCACGGUGGCGGAUUGUCACUGUUUGCCGAAGAGGUUUCAAUGUAUGUUGGCGUUCCGACGGGUCCACCUGGCGAGGGCGCUCUGCACGUUAUUCCACAGGACUCGUACGAUGAUGCAUUCAUGGUUGCGGGAUCCAGUUGUGUCGAUGCGGACGCGGAAUCCGGAGCGAGUUUGGGCGUCAGCAGUUGUUCUGGCAGCCAAGGCACAUGUCACCUGGAAAGAUGCUCAAGGUUUUCGUAAACAAAUUCGGAGAAGGAGGUUGCGGCGUUCUAGCAUAUUCAUUCCAUAUCGGUUCAUCUACGUCCCACGUCACAACAGAUUUGCCUGCCGACGAUCUCGAGCUCAGCGAUGGUGUCUUGAUAUUGUCCCCUAGCGGAAAUCUAUUCUAUAAGCUUGCAGAGUUCGUCCGAGGGGACCAGCGACGCAAUAUCCGUAUUGACCUGGACCCAAUCCUGUUCUCCGUCAUCUGUGGGGCUGCGGCCCCAUCGCCGACGCCCCCAUGGCGCGCGGCCCCUUGCGUGCGCGCGGCAGCGGAUAUCGGCGCUCGCCGCGCCGCCUCCUCAUGGGAUCUCUACGAGGCAUCAGCAACCUCAUCCCGUGGUGGCCGUCGCGGGGAUCGGGCCGCAGAGGUUGGAGGUGGUCGAGCUUUGAUGCGGCGGAAGGGC